AUGUUUCGCAAUAACUACGACAACGACUCGGUCACAUUUUCGCCUCAGGGACGAAUAUUCCAGGUCGAAUAUGCGCAAGAGGCCGUCAAGCAGGGCUCGGUCGUAGUCGGUCUGACCAGCAAGAAGCAUGUCGUUCUCACAGCGCUGAAGAGAAAUGCGGAAGAGCUGUCAUCAUAUCAGAAGAAGAUCGUAGGCGUCGAUGAUCACCUCGGAGUCGCUCUGGCCGGUCUUGCAUCUGAUGCACGUGUCCUGUCGAAUUUCAUGAAGCAGCAAUCCCUUUCGUCAAAGAUGACAUACGGCCGAGCGAUUCCAGUCGAGCGAAUAGUCAACAUGAUCGGUGACCGGGCACAGACAAAUACACAACACUACGGAAAGCGGCCAUACGGCGUGGGACUACUAGUCGCUGGUGCAGAUGAAUUGGGGCCACAUCUGUUCGAGUUUUCACCCUCCGGCAUGACCCAAGAAAUGUUGGCCUGCGCAAUAGGUGCCCGAAGUCAGAUGGCGAGGACGUAUCUUGAGCGACACCUUGAUGAGUUUGCGGAUUGCACAAGAGAAGAGCUCAUCAAGCAUGCUUUGCUGGCUUUGAAGGAGAGUCUGGCACAGGACAAGGAGCUGACAGUCGACAACACCAGUCUUGCCAUCAUCGGGUUCGAAGAUGGUCCGAAGGGAAAGCCGAGGUUACAGAAGUUCAAGCUCUACGACGGGCAGGAGAUACAACCGCUGCUCGAGGCGAACCUCGAGUCACAAGGUGAAGGCGGCACAGAUGCAAUGGAGACGGACUCAUGA